CGGCGACCCGAGCCAAUCGCGAGGCGGCGGGCGAUCCCGGGCUCCCCUGGCGGCUGGCGGCAGGCGCAGAGCGGGCCAGGCGCGGAGCUGGCGGCGGUGACAGGAGGCGCCAACCCGCAGCCCUUAACGCGCGGCGCCGCACCAUGGAGCCCGCCGUGUCGCUGGCCGUGUGCGCGCUGCUCUUCCUGCUGUGGGUGCGCGUGAAGGGGCUGGAGUUCGUGCUCAUCCACCAGCGCUGGGUAUUCGUGUGCCUCUUCCUCCUGCCGCUCUCGCUUAUCUUCGAUAUCUACUACUACGUGCGCGCCUGGGUGGUGUUCAAGCUCAGCAGCGCGCCGCGCCUGCACGAGCAGCGCGUGCGGGACAUCCAGAAGCAGGUGCGGGAAUGGAAGGAGCAGGGCAGCAAGACCUUCAUGUGCACGGGGCGCCCUGGCUGGCUCACUGUCUCACUACGUGUCGGGAAGUACAAGAAGACGCACAAAAACAUCAUGAUUAACCUGAUGGACAUUCUGGAAGUGGACACCAAGAAACAGAUUGUCCGUGUGGAGCCCUUGGUGACCAUGGGCCAGGUGACUGCCCUGCUGACCUCCAUUGGCUGGACUCUCCCUGUGUUGCCUGAGCUUGAUGACCUCACAGUGGGGGGCUUGAUCAUGGGCACAGGCAUCGAGUCAUCAUCCCACAAGUACGGCCUGUUCCAACACAUCUGCACUGCCUACGAGCUGGUCCUGGCUGAUGGCAGCUUUGUGCGAUGCACUCCGUCUGAAAACUCAGACCUGUUCUAUGCCGUACCCUGGUCCUGUGGGACGCUGGGUUUCCUGGUGGCUGCCGAGAUCCGCAUCAUCCCUGCCAAGAAGUACGUCAAGCUGCGUUUCGAGCCAGUGCGGGGCCUGGAGGCUAUCUGUGCCAAGUUCACCCACGAGUCCCAGCGGCAGGAGAACCACUUCGUGGAGGGGCUGCUCUACUCCCUGGAUGAGGCUGUCAUUAUGACAGGGGUCAUGACAGAUGAGGCACAGCCCAGCAAGCUGAAUAGCAUUGGCAAUUACUACAAGCCGUGGUUCUUUAAGCACGUGGAGAACUAUCUGAAGACAAACCGAGAGGGCCUGGAGUACAUUCCCUUGAGACACUACUACCACCGCCACACGCGCAGCAUCUUCUGGGAGCUCCAGGACAUCAUCCCCUUUGGCAACAACCCCAUCUUCCGCUACCUCUUUGGCUGGAUGGUGCCUCCCAAGAUCUCCCUCCUGAAGCUGACCCAGGGUGAGACCCUGCGCAAGCUGUACGAGCAGCACCACGUGGUGCAGGACAUGCUGGUGCCCAUGAAGUGCCUGCAGCAGGCCCUGCACACCUUUCAAAAUGACAUCCACGUCUACCCCAUCUGGCUGUGUCCAUUCAUCCUGCCCAGCCAGCCAGGCCUAGUGCACCCCAAGGGAAAUGAGGCAGAGCUCUACAUCGACAUUGGAGCAUAUGGGGAGCCGCGUGUGAAACACUUUGAAGCCAGGUCCUGCAUGAGGCAGUUGGAGAAGUUUGUCCGCAGCGUGCAUGGCUUCCAGAUGCUGUAUGCCGACUGCUACAUGAACCGGGAGGAGUUCUGGGAGAUGUUCGAUGGCUCCUUGUAUCACAAGCUGCGAGAGAAGCUGGGUUGCCAGGACGCCUUCCCCGAGGUGUACGACAAGAUCUGCAAGGCCGCCAGGCACUGAGCUGGAGCCCACCUGGAGAGACAGACACGUGUGAGUGGUCAGGCGUCUUCCCUUCACUCAAGCUUGGCUGCUUUCCCAGAUCCACACUUUCAGAGAGUAACCCCUCCAGAACUCCCACCCUGACAGCCCAACACCACCUUCCUCCUGGCUUCCAGGGGCAGCCCAGUGGAAUGGAAAGAAUGUGGGAUUUGGAUUCAGACAAGCCUGAGUCCAGUUCCCCGUUUAGAACUCAUUAGCUGUGUGACUCUGGGUGAGUCCCUUAACCCCUCUGAGCCCAGUCUCUUCAUCAGUUGAAGGGGAUAGUAAUACCUACUUGCAGGUUGUUGUCAUCUGAGUUGAGCACCGGUCACAUUGAAGGUGCUGGGUAAGUGGUAGCUCUUGUUGCUUCCCGUUCAGUGUCACAUCUGCAGCGGAGUCUGAAAAGGCUCCACAUUAGGUCACCUGUGCACAGCCAUGGCUGGAAUGAUGAAGGGGAUACCCUGGAGUUGCCCUGCCAUCGCCUCCUUCAGCCAGACGAGGUCCUCACAGGAGAAGGACAGCUCUUCCCCACCCUGGGAUCUCAGGAGGGCAGCCACGGAGCGGGGAGGCCCCAGAUGCGCUGUGCCAAAGCCAGGUCCGAGGCCAAAGUUCCCCCUGCCAUCCUUGGUGCCGUCUUGCCCCUUCCUCCUUCAUGCCUGGGCCUGGAGGGCCCCUGUGUUCCUGGAGAAGGCAUUCCAGGGUUGAAUCCUGUCCCAGCCUCAGCCUGGGACACCUAGGUGGAGAGAGUGGUCUCCGCUCUGAUUUGGAUCCAGGGGACCUGGGCUCAUUCUUCUGGGCUCACCAACCCUGCAGGCCUCAUCCUGUCCCAAAACCCACUUUGUCAUGGUGGGAGUGGUCCGCGCUGCUCUGCAGCAUGGGGGCUGGGGAGUGGACAGCAUCGGGUGGGAAAGUGGGGUCCACCCUCAUGUUUCUGUAGGAUUCUCACUGUGGGGCUGGAAGAAAAGAGUAUCGACUUGAUUUCUCCAACCACUCAUCCCUCUUUUGCUUUCUCCCACCACUCCCCACCCCCAGCUGUAGUUAAUUUCAGUGCCUUACAAAUCCUAAGCUCAGAGAAAGUUCCAUUUCCGUUCCAGAGGGAAGGGAACCUCCCUAGGUCCUUCCCUGGCUUGUUAUAACGCAAAAUUUGGUUGUUUAUGCAACUCUAUCUUAAGAACUGCCCAGCCUCAGCUGAAAACCCGAAUCUGAGAAGGAAUUGCGUCAUGUAAGGGAAGCUGGAAUUAAGGGAGCUGAGCCAGUCAUGGUUGUGGCGUGUGAGUCAGGAGACCUAGGUUUCAGCCCCUCUCUACUGUCAGUGAGCUGUGCAAGGUGGGCAAGUCAUUGUCCUCUGAGCUGCAGUUUCCUCAUCUGUCACAUCGCUACAGACAAGACCUCCCUGGAACCCUUCUGAUUGUCUUAGACACUGUGGUUGCAAAACCCACAGAAAGCCUCGUUUGUGUGGAAAGUCAGAGGAAAAAUAAAUGAUCCAGUGGACACUUGGGGAUUAUCUGUCAUUCAAGAUCCUUCCUUCAACCCCAAGGCCAGCUCCCAUCUCAUUUUCAGAAAGGCUCACACCUGGCUUGCAGGGAAGCAUCUGCCUUGUCAUUCCAGGUGCCAGAAUCCUCUCAGAGUCAUUGAAGGGUGUUCACCCAUCCCACCCAAGGCUUGGCACACUGCCAGUGUCUUAGCAGGGUCUUGUGAGGGCUGGGGGCAUCCAGGCACUCAGAAGGCAAAGGAACCACCCUACCCAUUUGGCCUUUGGAGGGGGCAGAAGAAAGAAACAAACCUCAUCCUCUAUUUUACAAAGCAUGUGAAUUCUGGCAUUAGCUCUCAUAGGAGACCCAUGUGCUUCCUCGCUCAGUGCAAAACUGAUGAUUCUACUUGCUGUAGAUGAAUGGUUAACACGAGCUAGUUAAUCAAACAGUGCCAUUGUUUCGCCAGUGAAGCCUCCAACCCUAAGCCACUGGGACUGUGGCCAGAGAUGCCAGCAGCCUCUGUCGCCCUUAGUCAUAUAACCAAAAUCCAGACCUUAUCCACAACCUGGGGCUUGGAAAGGAAGGUAUUUUGGAAUCACACCCUCAGGUUAUGUUGCUCCAGUAAAAUCUUGCCUGGAAAGAGGCAAUCUUCUUAGCAUGGUGAGCUGAGUUCAUGGCUUUUUUUUUUGUAGCCAGUCCUGUCCCUGGCCAUCCAUGUGAUGGUUUUGGGUGGAGUUAAACUUGACGCCAGUGGGCAGUGCAUGUGGAAAGUAUCAGAGUAAGCCUCUCCCCUCCAGAGUCCCAAGUUUCUUGGCUGCAUGAAAGUUUUCUUUAGAAUCAGAAUUGUAGCCAGUUUCUUUGGCCAGAAGGAUGAAUAAUUGGAUAUUACUGAAAGGGAGGGGUAGAGAUGGGUGUGGCAGUGUAUGGUGUGUGAUUUUUAUUUUCUUCUUUGGUCAUGGGGGCCAAGGAGAAAGGCAUGAAUCUCCCCUGUCAGGCUCUUACAGCCACAGGCACUGUGUCUACUGUCUGGAAGACAUGUCCCCGUGACUGUGGGGCCACUGCUUCUGUUUAAAUAAAAGUGGCCUGGAA